AUGACAGUCAGUGACGAACAUGUAGGAUAUCGGCGUUAUUCUGUGAUGCUCGGACCCAACGGCUAUUCGUUCUCCAUUAAUCUCAAUGGUUACAUCAUUUUCCAUCCCAAUCUCAAGUCCAGGUCUUACAUGAAAGACCCCCCAGAUAUUGACUUACUGGAGAUUGAAAUUAACACGCCUGAGAAACAAAAGAUGCGUAAAAAGAUGAUAAUGGAAAACAUUGACACGAUAACGUUGGAUACGCCGGUUUUAACCCAGGACAUGAAAUACAUGUACAGUGACACGGUUACCUACAGCUUUACUCCAAUCAAAGGAACCUCAUUCAGUUUGGCUAUCAGUGUUCCAUCAUAUCAGAAAGAAUACCCCAGAUUUAAAGGCAAACUAAUUCUGCUUGAUCCAUCACUUUUGAAGUCAACAAGCUGGACCAAAUUUGCCGCUCCGUGGAAUUAUCACAAGAACCAGACCAAGCUGGAAAACGAGACGAUAACUGUGGAAGAAAUCGCUGCACUGUUGAAGUCGGAUCCCGAUCCCGACAAGUGGAAUCUCCAGAAACUGUUCCACCUGUACUGGGAUCUGAAGACCAUCAAGGAAGCCGAGACUUUUUCAGAGAUGAUCAAGGGGAAACUCAUGUCAAAUGACAGCAGUACAAAUUCCAGUGACACUGAUGGCCACAUCCUGUCGUUUAUCAGUACAAACGGUGGACUCACCCAGGUGUUUGCAUCCAGGGACAAUAUAUCAUUUGACUACUUCGUGGACCCCAUGGAAGAGCCCUUCUACCAGCGAGCGCACCACUCGAACAAAUACAUCUUCCUUAUUGAACCAUUCUCUAAAGCAUAUGAAGAAGGUAAUUCAACGUAUCCUCCAAACAUCACGGUAGUCAGAUCGAUCCCAGUGACUGACAGCAAUAAGAGAAUCCGAUACAAGACCGCCGGUUAG